AUGCUUCCACGCACCAAGUACAACCGCUUCAGGAAUGACUCGGUGACAUCGGUCGAUGACCUUCUCCACAGCCUGUCGGUGAGCGGCAGCGGCGGCAAGGUCUCGGCGGAGCCCGCGGCGAGCCCCUACCUGGUGUCGGGCGAGGCGCUGCGCAAGGCGCCGGACGAUGGGCCCGGCAGCCUGGGCCACCUGCUCCACAAGGUGUCCCACUUGAAACUCUCCAGCUCCGGCCUGCGUGGCCUGUCGUCGGCCGCCCGGGAGCGGGCAGGAGCGCGGCUCUCGGGCAGCUGCAGCGCGCCCAGCCUGGCGGCCCCGGACGGUGGCAGCGCGACCCCCGGGUCCCGUGCCCCGGCCGCCAGCAUGAGCGCCACCAGGAAGAGCCGGGCCAGCGACGAGCCGUUGCCCAGGCCCCCGCGGGGCGCGCCGCACGCCAGCGACCAGGUGCUGGGGUCGGGAGUCACCUAUGUGGUCAAGUACUUGGGAUGCAUCGAAGUUCUGCGCUCAAUGAGGUCUCUUGACUUCAGUACAAGAACUCAGGUUACCAGGGAAGCCAUCAGCCGUGUCUGCGAAGCUGUGCCAGGCGCCAAAGGAGCCUUCAAGAAGAGAAAGCCUCCGAGUAAAAUGCUGUCCAGCAUCCUGGGGAAGAGCAACCUCCAGUUCGCAGGGAUGAGCAUCUCCCUGACCAUCUCCACCGCCAGCCUGAACCUGCGCACUCCUGACUCCAAACAGAUCAUAGCGAACCAUCACAUGCGGUCCAUCUCCUUCGCCUCAGGGGGAGACCCGGACACAACAGACUAUGUUGCCUACGUCGCUAAGGACCCUGUGAAUCGCAGAGCUUGCCACAUUCUGGAAUGCUGUGACGGGCUAGCCCAAGAUGUCAUCGGCUCCAUCGGACAAGCCUUUGAACUCCGGUUCAAGCAGUAUUUGCAGUGUCCUUCCAAGAUUCCUGCUCUCCAGGACCGAAUGCAGAGUCUGGACGAGCCGUGGACUGAAGAAGAGGGAGAUGGCCCCGAUCACCCGUACUACAACAGCGUUCCCAACAAGAUGCCUCCUCCAGGAGGGUUUCUCGAUGCUCGAUUGAAAGCCAGACCCCACGCUCCUGAUGCAGCCCAGUUUUCAGGAAAAGAGCAAACUUAUUACCAGGGAAGACACUUAGGAGAUGCAUUCGGUGAAGACUGGCAGAGAGCACCCACCAGGCAAGGCUCCUUGGACAUCUAUAGCACACCAGAAGGGAAAGCUCACAUGGUUCCUGUAGGAGAAACACCAACCUAUGUCAACACCCAGCCAGUCCCACCACAGGUUUGGCCAGCAGCAACCAGCAGCACUGAGAGCAGCCCACGGAAGGACCUCUUUGACAUGAAGCCUUUUGAAGAUGCCCUCAGAAACCAACCCCUGGGCCCUGUGUUGAGCAAAGCUGCGUCUGUGGAGUGUAUCAGCCCCGUUACACCCAGAGCCCCGGACGCCAAGAUGCUGGAGGAGCUUAAUGCUGAGCCCUGGUACCAAGGCGAGAUGAGCAGGAAGGAGGCAGAGGCUCUACUACAGGAAGAUGGAGACUUCCUAGUCAGGAAGAGUACCACCAACCCCGGCUCCUUUGUCCUCACAGGCAUGCACAAUGGCCAGGCCAAGCACCUGCUGCUGGUGGACCCGGAAGGCACGGUCCGGACGAAGGACAGGGUCUUUGACAGCAUCAGUCACCUCAUUACUUACCACCUGGAGAGCAGCCUGCCCAUUGUCUCUGCCGGGAGUGAGCUUUGUCUCCGGCAACCAGUGGAGAGGAAACCCUGAGCUUGCCCUGCGCCCAGGUCAGGAGGACCUGGGCUCCGCUGCUCUUAGCCUAUGGAAUCUGGGGCAACUGUCUGUGGGCCCAUCACCUUCUUCAAAAGCCCCGUGAGAGAGGUUUCCUUCAAAUUCAAAUUUCAUAAAUAUGUUCACAUGACUCAGAUGCAUAGUAGAAAUGUAUAUACCCAC